GUUAAGCAAAAGUGGCCGACGUUUAAAAAAUAUUUGUUGUUUCUUACCUAUAGUUAAAAAAAACAAAAAAUUGUUGAUUUUUGUUGUUUGAUUAUUUUUAUUAAGACUAUGUGAGUUUUUUGUGUUAUUUUUUUGGAAUACCUAAAAUGAAAUGGGCAAACAAGUUAACCUGGGAGGAGUUUUUCGAAGGGGGAUCAACCGAUCAAAAUAAUAAUAUCACGAUGACUUCGGAGGACCUUCUUCAGCCCGGACACGUAGUUAAGGAAAGAUGGAAGGUGAUAAAAAAAAUAGGCGGCGGCGGUUUCGGGGAAAUCUACGAGGGCCUUGACUUAAUUACUCGAGAACAAGUGGCUCUAAAAGUAGAAUCGGCCCGCCAGCCAAAACAGGUGCUUAAGAUGGAAGUGGCUGUUCUAAAAAAAUUGCAAGGAAAAGAACACAUAUGCCGAUUUAUCGGUUGCGGCCGCAAUGACCGCUUCAACUACGUCGUUAUGCAACUGCAGGGCCGUAAUUUGGCCGAAUUGCGUCGGGCCCAGCAAAGGGCUGCAUUCAGCCUGUCGACAACUUUGCGUUUGGGCCUUCAAAUUUUAAGAGCAAUAGAAAGCAUACAUUCUGUAGGUUUUCUCCACCGUGAUAUUAAACCGAGCAACUUUUCUAUGGGCCGACUUCCUUACAACUGUAGGAAAGUGUACAUGCUAGAUUUCGGCCUGGCGAGGCAAUACACAACGGCAACGGGGGAGGUUAGGGCCCCUAGGGCCGCCGCUGGUUUCAGGGGCACAGUACGCUACGCUAGCAUAAACGCACACAAAAAUAGAGAAAUGGGUCGACACGAUGAUCUCUGGAGUUUGUUUUACAUGCUGGUUGAGUUUGUAAAUGGUCAGUUGCCGUGGAGAAAAGUUAAGGAUAAGGAGCAAGUGGGCUUGAUGAAGGAAAAAUACGAUCAUAGGUUGCUAUUAAAACAUUUGCCGUCCGACUUGAAGCAAUUUCUCGACCACAUACAGAGUUUGGAGUACGCUGAUAAACCAGAUUACCAGAUGCUGAUAUCUCUGUUCGAGAGAUGCAUGAAGCGUAGAGGCGUCAAGGAGUCCGAUCCCUACGAUUGGGAGAAACAAUCGACAGGCGACAACGCCGCGGUCACCAUAACCUCGCAACAGGCUACAGUGUUGCCGGCUGUGGCGACAAAACACGUGAAACACGCGACGGAUAACAACCAGGAGAAUAUCGAACCUACAGACAACAAAGAUGUUCAAUUGGAUGCGAGAAAAAGGGCAGAAACAGAAAACACAGCGGCGUACGCCACAGAAACGAACGCUGUCAGGAAUACAGUCGACAAAAAUUGCAACGCCACUGCUACGACAGAUCAAGUCCAUGUACGAAAACGUCGCGCCACCUCCCACCUGGAGCAGGCGCCCGACCGCCUCGACAACGAAACGCAGGCCAGCGCCAAGUCGACCUCGGACGCCAACGUCAAGGCGGCGCCGCUGCGCAAAUCGCAAUCGGGCGUCGCCACUUUGGGGCGCCUCCGCGUGGCGCCCGCCGCCGCGGCCUCCGGCGCCUCGGGCGGCGGCCACCAGCACCGCGAGGGCGGCGGCGGCAGCCUGGUCGAGUCGCCCGCCACGCCGGAAGGGGAGCGGCCGAACCGCAGGCGGCAGACCAGCGCUGCUAGGACGUCCAGGUCGGCGGUCAGGGAUCAGAGCUUGACGCAGUUCGCCGUCAUAGACGACGAGAACGUCAGUCAGCAGGUGACCAGAGGCGGAGCGCUUACCCUCGCCUCGCAGUGGAAAUCCCAAUUCGACGACAGUGAAGAAACCACCGAUAACGAGUGGAAACCGGAAUCUCCCGAGCAUAGGGCGGCUGCCGCCUCGCAGGCGGUUUCAGAGGCGGUCGGUGUCACGUCGCAAGCGCCGCCACCGGCGUUAAGUCGCAUUAGCGAGGACUCCAGGCCCAGUCAUCGCAGAUACGUCAACAUAGCUGGAAUGGAGGAAUAUCCUGAGCUAGUCGGUGCCCUCCCUCGAGCCUGGUCCACCCCUUGCUUGGGCCCUUCGGUGCGUUCGGGGCUGAAGCCGCCCCUGCUUCAGCAGGCGGCUUUCGACGAUUUGGUGUUCAGGGUCGACGUCAUGCGCAACGUCGGCUCGCGCCACCUCCAAGCCGCCGAGGAGGACGCCUCAGGCAAGGAGGCGGCGAAAAAGUGGGGCAGCCUGCCCGCCAUCCACGUGCCCGACAGGGAGGCGGCGGAAAACGGCGACGAGGGGCUGCAAGAGGUGGCGGGCAAGCUGGAGAUCCGCGUGGUGCCGCAGGGGUGCCACAAGGAGCCGCACCCUAAGCCUCAAAACCUUCCCAACGAGGUAACCACCAACGGAGUGGAAGCCGCCAAAGAGAUCAAAAAAAUCGAGAGGACCAAGAGCAUCUUGAAGCAGAGCAGCAAGGAGAGGAACGAGGUGGACUUGCCUAGUCCGAAGAGGGAGCAAAUAUCCUUCGCCCCGGAGCUAGUGGCGGUGGAAAAAGAGAUCAAAAAGAGAGUCAGCCUGGACGACGAUCAACAAAUAAUAGCCAUAGAAAAGGAACUAAAAACCAUUGAAAUAAAAAACGCAGAACCCGAAAAACCGAAUGAUAUUUUGCCCAAAACAAAGGAUAUUGAAAAUUUGAUGGCGAAAGUAAAACUUAGGAAGCGCGAUAAUAACGGCUCGAGCAGUAGUACCAACUCUGAGGAGAAAAAAUCCAAGGACGCGGAGGACAAUUCCGAAGAAAGGGACAGAAAAAAAUUGCACAGGAAAUCUUUGAACGGGUCUGCCAUCGAUUUCGAGAAAGUCGAGAGCUUGAGCAGAAGCAAUUCGCAAAAAUUACUGAUAAAACCAACCGUUUCCACCAAAAACAAUUUGCAUUCCGGCGACAAAUCAGACAGCAGCAAUUCGACGCAAGCGAAAAGCGAGAAACAAACGGCCAACAAUGACGAAACAAUUGAAAGACUAAGGCCGAACCCACCCGAUACGCAAAUGAAAAUCAAAUGUUCGCCAGGCGUGGACCUAACCUCAAACCCGAACGUCAUUUUCGUCCCGAACACGGCCGAAUCGAGGGACAAAAAAUCAUUGGCCAACGGUUUGAGUCCGGGUGGGGUGGAGGAGCAAUCCGAGUACUUCGACGCCACUGACAACCCCGUUUUAAGGGGGGACAAAAGGCACGAGUGCGACGACGAAGACAGUGGCGUAGACAAUGCUAGUCAGAUUCUCAGGGAAUCAUCAGUGAGUCCAGCCCUGGAGGGAGGUAGAAUAUCGAAAAUACCAGUAGCGGUCACUGGGGGCCAGCGUUUGGCCAAAUGCAUGUCAUGGUCCGGUGACCUGACCCCUGGCCUAAGGCGCCGAAGGCAAGGGGAGAAGUACGUGACAGAUCCUAGUCAGUUGAAGUUGCGCUUCAAAAGACAUUCUAGUAGUGAUACACUCCCCUCAAAAACUUUAAGCACCUUAAGGGUUCUUCACGAAAAAAAUCAUCUUAAAACAUUCCCCGAAAUAACGGUGACUGAAGAAAGUUCUGAAUCAAAAAAAUCAGAAUCUAGCGAAUCUAGUAGCGAUUCAAACGAAUCCUCCUCUCCCCAACUAGUUAAUAAUAGUUUGAAAGUGAGGGGUAUUAACAGCUGUCUCAUAGAUGCCCCCGAGAGCUCCCCCGAGUCUUCGGAGGGCCCCCCGCCCCCUCCACCAGGGGGGGAGCCCCCUUCAGAGAGUAACGUACGAACAAGACGGUUUAAACCUAUGAUAUAAUAGAGAGGUUAUUAAAUAAAAAUAUUAAAAUUUUGAGGACUUAAACCAUUACACUACACUUAUAGAAUGUAUUAAUUAAAUUAAAAUAAUGAUUUUAAUUUUUUGAUUCGGCCCCCCUUUUUUGGGAUUAUUUAUUAUAAUAAUUGCAUCGAUAUAUAUAAAGCUUGACGAUGAUGGGCUUUUCGCGCUAUAGGUAUAUUUAAUUUAUUAAAUCGAAAAAAGGGGGGGCUGGAACAAAAGAAAAACAAAAUGUAUGUAUAUAUCUAUAUAUCUACAUUGGAUAUUUAAUGUUGCCUUUUUCAGAAUUUCUCUUGACAAGAAAUUUAAAAAAAAAUAUAUAAAUUUUGUCACUUUGAUUGCCAUUUUUUUAAUUAUAUAGGUAACGCUGCCCGAGAUAAGACCCUGUAUGGUGUUUUGACCCAAAAACGUCAAAACAACACACAGGGCUGAAAACUUGACAUUGACGUUUAGUUUAAUUUGUCGUUAUGACAGUUGACAGUUUUUUGUCGGUGUAAUGCAAACAAUCAGCGUAUUAAUUUUAAUAUUAUUAAAUGUACUUUGCCAUUUUUUUUGGCAAAAAAAUGUGAUUUAAAUAUUUUAAGUGUUUUUUUUUGUUUAAUUUAAUUUUUUGUUCUGUUGAAUUUUGUUGUUGAAUGUAUAUCGCGGAUUAAUAUUAAAAUGAAUAUUUGAGAGAAAAAAUGGAAUCUUGUAUACAGGGUGUGCCAGUUUUAGUAGCAGUAUUUUAACUACUUAAGCGAUAAAUAGUCCAGAUUUGGUAUGCAUUAUUAUUUAAGAAUACUCAGAAGUGGAAACAGCGGAAGCGGGACAAAAGCGGAUGCGGAAGUGUUGCGGAAGUGUUGCGGAAGCGGAACAUUUUUUAAAUUUGUCAAUUAAAUUAGAUUCCUUGGUGUAUUCAUAAAAUAUUUGUCCAUUCCAUUUUUUCGCUAUCAUGUUUCGUUUAAAAGAUAUUAAGGAAAAUUUGACAAAUUUUUCAAGAUAUGAAAGAAACAAAAACAAAAAUUUGGUAAAUAAAUCAAGGAAUUUAACUUAAUUAUUAUUAUUAUUGGUAUUUAAACAAAAACGGAUGCGGAAGUGAAUGCAUAAGUUUAAAUACAUUUUUUUUAAUUGUCUAUUUCAAUUUAUUUUUAUUGAAUUAAUAUACAAAAUUAAUUAAAUGGCUUGUUUUUGGUUUCAUUAUGCGGAAGCAGAUGUCUGUUGCAACACAGAAAAAUACUUCAAAUAAUCGUAAAUAUAAAUGCAUACCAAAUUUUGACCAUUUAUACAUAUUAGAAUAUUAUGGAAAUCUCUAAAAAAAUACUGAUACUAAAACACCCUGUAUAUUUUAACAUAACAUAAAUUGUUUAUGUUAAAAAUAGCGUUUCUAAUAAUAACCAAUGACUCGCUCAUACCACAUUUUAAACAAUUAAAAAAAAAUUGUUGAUUAUUGAAAAAGAUUUUGUUGAAAAGUGGUACGAUUUUUUCAUUGAAAAAAGUGUGAAAUUUUAGAAAAUAUAGGCAUUUUUUAAGAACACAAGUUUUGGCAAAAAUUGACGGUUUCCGACGGUUUUUUAGAAGAUUAAAAAAAUCUGUAAAUAAUUUCUUUUUAUUUUGGCGACAAUCUCAUUUUUAAUUUUUAUGCGGUGUUUCACAAACACCCCGUAUAUUAUAUGUAUCUCAGGUAUUUUUUAUUUAUUACAAAAAACUUUUAAAAAACCGUUUUUUGCACAUUAUGUAAUACCUAGUGUAGUUUAAUUUUUGCCUAUGGAGAAAAAAAACAUUUACUAAAAUCAAUGGUGAUUUCAUUGAUUUUCGUAAACUUUAUAAAAUGAUCUAGUCAAAAAAAAAAUAAUUUUUCGAGUUCUAUUUUUUUAGAAUUUGAACUACUAGUCGUAUGCAAUGUUGAAAAUAUAUACCCUGUAUGAAAUACAAAACGAUAUUAAGGGAGCACCCUGUGAUACCAAAAUCUUCCGAAACAAAUUGGCAUCGAGUUUUGCCCCACAAAAUUCGAUAUAAAAGCGAUUCGAUUCGGAAAAAUUCGGUCUCAAACAGGGUACCCGAUAUUAUGCAAAAUAGACUAAAAAAAUUUAAAGAAUUAAUUAUUUGGUUGAUAAUUAUAUACGUACGUUUAAUUUAUUUUAUUUUGGAGAAUUUUAUCUUAAUUGUGCUGAGAAUUUUAUAUUGUUUUUCGUUUUAUUUAUUUUUUGUUUUUACAAUUGCGCCUGUAUUUAUGAAAUAUAGUUAUAAAAUAAAUUAAUUAUAAAUUU